CUAGUCUCCCCGUUGGAAAAAUGGCUGCUUCGGCGGCGGCGGGUUCUUGUCCCGAUUCGUGCCCGAGCUUCGCCGUUGUCUGUUCCUUUUUGGAGCGGUACGGAGCUCUUCUGGAUCUGCCCGAACUUACGUUUUCGCAGCUGGAACGAUAUCUGCAGGAGACCUCGACAGUUCCUAAACCCUUGGUGGAGCUUCAUGUGAAGCUUCUGAGGAAAAUUGGCAAGUCAGUGUCUUCGGAAAGAUGGGAGAAGUACCUGGUAAAAAUUUGCCAAGAGUUCAACAGCACUUGGGCCUGGGAGCUAGAGAAGAAGGGAUACCUGGAGAUGACUGUAGAAUGCAAAGCUGGAAUUCUCAAAUAUUUGUGUGAGUGCCAAUUUGAUGACAAUGUGAAAUUCAAGACGACAAUCAAUGAGGAGGAUCCAGAUAAGAUGCGUCUGCAGCCAAUCGGCCGAGACAAAGAUGGUCUUAUGUACUGGUUCCAGCUGGACCAGGAUCACAAUGUGCGAGUUUAUGUGGAGGAACAGGACGACCUGGAUGGAUCCUCGUGGAAGUGUAUUGUCAGGACACGAAAUGACCUGGCUCAGGCAGUGGAGCUACUGAAAACUCAGAUUGACCCAGCGCUAUUGAGCAAGAAAGAGGUAGAAGAGGGGUCUACCAGUACCAGUCCAAGCCCAGAGGAUGAGGAAAUCAAGGAGGAGCAGGGGAAUGGGAAUGCGAAGAAGAAAGAGAAGCUAGAAGAUUCCUCAGAGGAUGAAGAUGGCAAACCCACGCAGGAUGCUGCAUGUUCCAUUAGUCCAAAAAUCAAAGGCAUGGAAAAGCUAUCAAAAGAAGACGAGGAGGACAUUGCAGGUGACAAACCCGUCACAGUAGAAACUGAAGAUAACAAGGGGAACAACAAUAGAGAUGGUUCAGGAACAUUGGACGAAAUUCCCUCAGCGGUUACCGAAAUUCGAAAUGGUACUACUGUCAUUAAGGAAGAACCGAAGGAGGCGGCUGUACAUGUCAAGAGUGUCACCAUGAGCGAAAAAUCAUCACCGAUAUCUACGGAUAAUUUUGGUGGUACUGUUAGGGUAACAGGAACUGAAGAAGUGAAGAAGAAAACAACAGAGGAUGUCCAGAGGGCUAUUAAGAAUGACCAGCAGGCUAAGAUCCCUCUGAAGAAGCGUGAAAUGAAACUGAGUGAAGAUUUUGACAGUAUAAGUAGCAGCAUUGUCUUCUGGAAUCCUUCUGCCACUCCUGUCAAAGAGCCACCAGGAAAAGCUCCUGAGAAGAACGUGGAUGUGAGCCAGCUACCCCCUGCUUCUGAGGAAGCUUUAAAAUCUGCAGAAAAGGACCACAUUAAUGGAGAAAUCCAAUCGAUCAACAAUACAAAUGAUAACGAUGGAUGCAAAGAUGGCUUGUUGCCCAUAGAAAGGCCUAAGGAUCCUGAAAGUGACGGAUUGAAAACCAAUGCUGUUAUCCAGGAAGUGGAAAGGUCACCUAAAGGGGAUUCUGCAAUUGGGAAGCUGUUGACUGAAGAAAAAGAUCAAGCCAUUGAGGUGAUAAGAACCAAGGAAAGUGAUCAGCUCAAUGACAUCAAAGCAUUGGAGGAAAACAAAGCUGAUUCUACUGAUAACCUGUUAGCAUCGGACACCAGUGUAGUUGAGGAAAAGGGUUCUCGGAUCUCUGUAGUCAAUGUGAUGGGACCCACUCCUGACUCAGAUACUGUAGGAGAGACAGUGAGAACUGAUCUGUAUGUUGAGGCUACUCAGAUAGAGAAAAAGGAUGUGUCCACUGGCCCUGACAAAACCACGAUAAAGGCAGUGGAAAUGACUUUGGAUCAUGGAGUCCCACUGGUGGGGAGCAAUGAUCAAGUCUCUGGCUCAAAGGAUCCUUCAGUAGAAAUAAUGGAAACAUCUUUGGUUUCUGAAGCUAUUCCAGAUGAAGGAAGGGAAUCAGGCUCUAACUCUGCAGAGCCUGCAGCUGAGACAAUGGAAGUGGAAUCUGGUCUUGGGGCUGUUCCAGUAGGGAGCAAUGAACAAGGCUGCAGCCCUCAGGAUCCUUCAAAAGAAGCAUUGAAGAUGGCUUUGGGUUCUGAGACCCUUCCAGCUGGGGAAAAGGAAUCAGUCUCAAGCUCUGAGAAGGCUGAGGUUGAGGCAGUGGAAGUGUCUUCUGGUCUUGGGGCUGUUCUAGUAGGAAAUAAUGAACAGGGCUGUGGCCCUCAGGAUGCUUCAGAAGAAGACGUGACGAUGGCUUUGGGUUCUGAGACCAUUACAGCUGGGGAUAAGGAAUCAGUCUCGAGCUCUGAGAAGGCUGCAGUUGAAACAAAGGAAGUGGUAUCUGCUGAUGAUGAUGUUUCACUUGGAAAUAUUAACCAGGUCUGUAGCUCGCAAGAUCCUUCAAAAGAAACAUUGGAGAUGGCUUUGGGUCCUGAGACCAAUUCAGCUGGGAACAAGGAAUCGGUCUCGAGCUCUGAGAAGGCUGCAGUUGAAACAAUGGAAGUGGUAUCUGCUCAUGAUGAUGUUCCAGUAGGAAAUAAUAACCAGGUCUGUAGCUCGCAAGAUCCUUCAAAAGAAACCUUGGAGAUGGCUGUGGGUCCUGAGAUCGUUCCAGCUGGGGAAAAGGAAUCAAUCUUGAGCUCUGAGGAGACUGCAGUUGAGACCACUGAAACGGCACCUUGUCUUGGGGCUGUUCUGGCAGGGAAAGCUGAAAUGGUCUCUGGUUCUCAGGAUCCAAUGGAGACGGCUUUGAAUCCUGAGGCUAUUCCAGUUGGGGAGAAGGGGUCAGUCUCUAGCUCUGGGGAGACUGUAGUUGAGACAGUGGAAAUGUCUUCUGAUCUUGGGGCUGUUUCAGAAGAGGAAAACGCAGCUUCUAGCUCUGAGGAGACUGCAGCAGAACCAAUGGAAACUGCUCUGAAGGCCAUUCCAGCAGUGGAAAAGGCCUCUGGGCCUCAAACCACUGAUAGUGGCCCAGAAGACUCUGCAGUGGAACCAGUGGAAAUAAUGCCCAGUCCUGCGUCUAUUGCAGUGGAGAAGGAAACUGCUUCUAGCACACAAUAUUCCAUGGUAAUGAAACCACAAACCACUUCUAGUAGUGAGGACAAUUCACUGCAAGAAAAGGAAAUUAAUUCUAACAGCGAUACCAUUAUAGUAGAGAAUAAGGUGGUCAUCUGUCCUGAAAGUCUUUCUGGAUCUGAGGCUAUUGAAAUCGGGGUAAAGGAUACUCCCUCUACAUCUGAGGACACUGUUUUAGAGAAAAAGCAAACCACUAUUGGCUAUGAUGAUACUUUAGUAGUAGAGAAAGUAAGCUCCUCGAGCUCUGAAACAGAUACAGUAGGAGAAAAGGACACCACUGUUGCAGAAAAUACGUCUGCAUCUAAGGCCUCUGCAGUAUGUGAAAUGAAAAUCAUCUCUGAUUAUAAUGCAACCGCAGUAGAGGAAAAGGAAAAUACUUGUGUUAAUAUUUCUGGUAGCUCUGAUGUAAUCAAAGUAGGAAAUGGCAAAACUGCUACUGGUGAGGACAGUUUUGCUCCUAAAAUAGGAGUAGAAAUAGGAGUAGAGGAAAAGGAAAGCACUUCUGUCCCUGAUUCAGCCGCAGAAGAGAAAGAUGUAACCAUUUCUGUUGAAGAUACAUCUGGCUCUACUUCUGUGCCCUCAGAAGAGAAAAGUGAAGCAGCAUUUACUGCAACCAAGGAACAUCCCUCAAAGGAAGAAGGCCAAGAAGAACCCAGGGAAUCCACUGCUGAAACCUCUACUGACUGUAAUGAGAAUCUGAACAAUGAUGUGUCUGAUAUAAAACAAAAUAAACAGAACAAAGAAGCAGGUAGAGUUGUAGACCCUUCCUUAGAUAGUGGCCCUAUUAUGGAUGACACUGCUGACAAAACUGCAGAGGAAACUAGUCCUGAGAAGGACAAGAAGGAAGUUGGAGAUGAGAAAAGCCAAGAAAAGAAGCCAGAGGCAGAAGAAAAAGAGGAAAUCGCGGGUCCAACAAAGGAAGCAGAUAUUCAAGAGAAGGUGGAAGAUCAAGGAGUUGAGCAGAUUGAAGACUCAGAAGAAAACAACAAAGAGGACCAGGAGACUGAAGGAGGAAAGGGGAACGGUGAAGUAUCAUCAGAGAUCCAACAGGAGGGCAUUCGUCUGAAGAUCAAGAUUCCGACCCACCGUAGGACAGCAGAGCUCCAGAAGGAUGCUGACCCAGAACCGGCUGAUGGAAGGUCUUUGAGGAGAUCACCACGGAUCUGUCGCCCGACUGCCAAGCUUGCUGAAAUCCAGGACAUGAAGCUGGAGAGGAAGCAAGCUGCAGCGUCUGUGGCUGAGGAAGAUGAGCAGGAAGAUGAUAAGGAGGAUAAGAUUUGUCAGAGAAAGCAGAGGGACCACAAGAUUGAUCCUGAUGGUCAGACUAAGGCUACAAAGGGCCGAAGACGGCAGCGACGAGCCCGUUGGUCCAACACUCGGACUAGGUGGCGCAAAACAAAAGACUCCAGUGAGGAGGAUGAUGAUGAUGAGGAAGAAGAGGAGACUGAAUACGAUGACAGUGAUGAAGAUUACAAAGUGGAGAAGAAAAAGAGAAAUCGCAACAGACAGAAGAAUGAUUCUGAUACAUCCUCCCCUUCUUCCGAGGAAGAGAUGCCAAAUGAUGAUCCUUGCAAACACUGUGGCCUCCCAAACCAUCCUGAACUGAUCUUGCUCUGCGACUCUUGUGACAGUGGCUACCACACGGCCUGCCUGAGGCCACCCCUCAUGGUCAUCCCCGACGGCGAGUGGUUCUGCCCGCCCUGCCAGCAUAAACUCUUAUGUGAACGGUUAGAAGAGCAGCUGCAGAACCUGGAUGUGGCUCUGAAGAAGAGGGAACGAGCAGAAAGGAGGAAAGAGCGCUUGGUCUAUGUAGGGAUCAGUGUUGAGAACAUCAUCCCUCCUACUGAUGUUGAAGUGGAAGAGGAGAAGCAGGAGAAAGAGGAGCAGGAAGGGGAGCGGGAGGAGAUUAAGAAAGAGACCAAAAAAAGCCGGAGCUAUGGACGCCGCUCAACCCGAGCGAGGAAGCAGAUUAGCUACAGGUUUGACGAGUUUGAUGAGGCUAUUGAGGAGGCCAUUGAGGAGGAUAUCAAAGAGGCAGAGGGAGGAGGGGCAGGCCGAGGAAAGGACAUGGCUACCAUCCUGUCAGAGGAGGGAAAGGAGAAUGGCCGGCCUCCCAAGGCGAACUCGGCCCACCGCAGGAAGAAGCGACGACGCCUCAAUGAUCUGGACAGCGAUAGUACCCUGGAAGAGGAGGAAAGUGAGGAGGAGUUCCGCCUCAGCAACAGUUCAGAGGAAGAAGAUUUUGUGGUGUCAGACAACGACGUGGACAGUGAAGCAGAAAUCCAGUCCUAUGACGACAGCGACUUUGGCAGUGUUGAGGCAAGCCCACGUUACGGAGCUGUGCGGUCCAGGCGGUCCUCUGUGAGGAAGCGAAGUACACGACGGAUCGUACUGAGACAGUCCCAUCGCAGACGGCGGUACUCGGACGAGGAAGAAGAGACUGAUGAAGAGGAGGAGGAGGAUGAAAUAGUAACUGAGGGCUCCAGCGAGUUUAGCGCCAGUGACCUGGAUGCACGUCGCCGCCGAUCCCGCCGAAGUCUGAAGCGACAGGUGAACUACUGCGAGACCUCGGACUCCGAGGGCUCCCAGGGCCGGCCUAAGCCAGCCCUCCGCCGGCGGCUCUCCAGCUCUGACAGCGAAGGCAGCUUCUGUUCCAAAGAUUCUGAUGAAGACAAGGGGAAGAGGAAGAGGGGGAGGAGGAUCGGCGACUCAUCCGAGGAGGACUCCAGGCAGCGGCGCCAGCGGCUGACACUAAAGCGGCGGAGAGCAUCAGAGGAAGACGACGAGGACUCGGAAGAUUCCGAGGAAGAAGAGCGACCUGUACGCAAGAGGCUGAACCGCAUCGACUCUGAUGACUCCGAAGAGGAGAAGGCCGAACUUGGGGAAGCGGUGGCAGGCAGCAAUGAGGGAAGAACCCAACGUGUCCCCACAGAUGAGGAGGUGGUAGAGGGGGUCCUGGGCAAGGGAACGAGCCCCCUGGACUACAGUCUGGUGGAGCUGCCGUCGGCCAAUGGGCAGAGCUCCAUGAAGGGCCUGGAGGGUUUGAUCACUCGGGGCCACAUGGGGCCCAAGAAUGGUGGCCCACCCCCACCCGCGACCAUGCUAGCACCCAACGGCUUGACCCCACAGGAGAUGCUCCCCCAGGAAGACGACGAGGAUGACCUCAUGGGGGUGACGGACCUUGUUGAGUAUGUCUGCAACAGUGGAGAGCUAUAAGCCCCAGACUGCCGAUGCUGUUUUUGUUUCCGUUACUUUGUGUCGCGUCUUCAGUGUCGUCCCCCACUAGCACCUCAACCACCCAGUCUUCCGUUUUCUCCCAAGACCAGUUCGAACUGGAAACUGGAGUGUAAUAUAUGAGAUGCCAUCCUGACUGUGGUGAACGGCCAAGGUGGGGGGUGAUUUUGUAUCGAUUCCCUUGGGCCCCUGCUGGAUUCGCCUGGCAGCCACUUUCAUGUCUCUUCAUAGUACCACUUUGACAGAAAGGCCUGUGUAUCGUUUUAUUAUUAUUAUUAUUAUUAUUAUUAUUAUGUUUAUUUUUAAUGUUCUGCUUGCUGGUCAUUCUACAAAAUUAGAAUAUUUAAACCCAUUGUUUUUAUGUGUUCCUAUGUAAAACUUUGGCAAGUAGAAGCAGUAUUCCUUCCUGUCAAUUUUGGGUAAAUUCACAAUAUCACCCCCCCCCCCUCCCCCCCCAUAAUUCAGUCCCGUGACAGGAAACAGGAAGUAAUAUUAUAAAGAUUCCCUUUUUGACCAUGGUACUGGACAGACGCAACAAAACCAGGAAUAUUUUUUAAGGCAUCCUAUAUAAUUGGAUUCCUGUAUGGAUUUUGCACUUGCUAUAUUUUAACAUUUUUGCUGAGCUGCACGUUUAGUGGUUUAUAGCUGUAAACGUUGUGAUAAAAUUAAUGUUUUAUUUCCUCUGACACGUGGGUCAGAAUUAAAAUAAAUUAUGAAUUUUCUGCCAAAUUUUAAGAUUUAAAAAUAGCGCAUUGGACAGCUAUUAUGUUUGCCAUACGAAUGCUACAACAUGCCAUUUUUACCAUUCGGCUACACUCCAUAUUUCUAUAAUUCCUUCGUUUAAACAUUUUAAGCAUCUUUGACACAUUUUGUUCACUGAAUGUGAGGUGUCCACCAGCAGAACCUAACCUCAAAGCAUCUUUAAAUUAGGUUUAAAGACUGCGUAAUCAUAACGACAUUUAGCUGAGUAAUGACACCGUUGGGUGUGUAGUCAUAUUUCAACUCAGGCAAGAUAGUGAUAUGGAUGGGAAUUUAAAGGUGUAUUGACGAAGCAGUUAAGCUACACCCUCUUAAGAAUUUGGUAAUAUUUGUUAAAGGGACCAAAUACAGUUGUCAGUAUUAACAAAGUAGCCCAUUACCAUUGUUGUACAGAAAAGCCACAAAUUUUACCGUAGCAUGUAAAUGGGGCAGUCACUGCCAGACUCACUGCUUAAAAAAAAAAAUCCUAUAAAAGAUCAGAACAGCCACAGCUGCUUUGUACAACCUACAUUGUCCUUCCAAGCACAUUUUCGGUGUAUUGGAACUUUCUAGAAAACACUAUCCGCUCACUUUUGCAGCUUUCUACAAAUUGUAUGUCCAAAACAACUGUGGAAAGGUGUUCUUUGGCCUAGCAAAAUGGGCUGUCUUUAUUUUUAUUUUAUUUUUUUGAACACAUUUUUUUUUUUUUUUUUUUUUAUUUAGGCCUAUGUUACAAUGGAGGGUCUUGAUAUAUUACAAACCUCAUUCAGUUUUAAAUGUACAGGCUUGGGAUGAAAUACCAGUACCCUCAUUUGAGAAGAUGACUACAAAAACCUUAUCUUUGUGUGUAUAUCUGAAGUUUAUUCUGUAUCAUAUUUAGAAUCUUUUUUAAUCAUGAAGAAAUAUAUAUUUAGCAAUUAUUUACUAUUGCAACUGUUUAUAAUUUUUGUAGUUGGUUGUGAUAUUUACACAUUUUUCAUGUAAACAUUGUGCUUGCAUGUUUGUUCUAUGUCAGUCUGCAAAGGGCAUACGUCUUGGAUUUAAAUUUUAUUUAUAAAUAUAUAUAUAUAUUUUUUGGAGGAUUUACAAUUUUACAGCUCAUCCUUGUCAUCAAUGUCGAAAAUGUUUCGCACCCUUGGUAUUGCAGUGUAAGUUGGUCUGGUUUUCUGUCAGAGGUAACCGGUGGAAUGACACUCAGAAGAUCAUGAAUAUGAAUAACAUUCUAGAAUGGCUGUUUUUCUUUGAAUUACUGUUAUGUUUCCCAAUAAAACAUUUGGAUAAUAUCACCUGUAAUCAAGAGUAUCAGCUGUUAGUUACAUAUUUUACUUAAAAUGAUUUACUUACCCAAAUGUAUCGACAUUUUAAAGCCAUUCUGCCAACCUUUUAAAUCAAAAUAAGAUGGAACAAUUUGCACCUAUUAAUUUUUAUUUUUUGUGAACAUUUACUUCAUUGUGUUGUGUUUUUAAUAUACGGUAUUUGGCAUUUAAACUACUAGACGUUUUAUUUGACUUUAAAUCCUCCAUUUUAAAAAAUAUUGUAUUUAAGAGUCAGUGCCAAUAUUUUAAAGUGUUAAAUGUCUUCAGUGUUCUGCUGAAGGUGGGAUGAGAUUUUCGAAAACCUUGACCAGAUGUCGACAUAAGCUCUUCGACCUGCUUUCUGUGUACGUCUUUUUUUUCUUGAAAGUUUUAUUACAUCUGCUGUAAUUUCUUUCAUACAGAUAACUUGUACAUUUGUCAUAAUAAAAUGGGUGUUUAAACCUU